AUGGAAGCCCUUGAAAUCAACACCCCCGAAGCUCCUGCUCCCCGUCUGCUUCUCGUCAAGCUGGCUAGCUCGGGCUUUACAUUCUUCGUGGCCGGCAUCAAUGACGGCAGUCUCGGUGCACUUAUUCCCCAUAUCAGGAAUGAGUAUGGCAUUGACACAAACAUGGUGUCAAUAGUGUACGGCGCCACCUUCGCUGGCUGGCUCGUAACCGCACUCACCAACAGCUACCUGAGCCAAUACUUAAACCUGGGAGCCCUCCUCUUACUCGGCGCCGGCUUACAGGUCCUGGCGCACGCCCUGCGCAUCUGGCUGCCACCCUUCGCGCUCUUCGCGGUGACAUUUGCAAUCGCUGCCCUCGGCCAGGGGUACCAGGACACCCACGCGAACAACUUCGUCACGACCGUGAAAGGUGCGCAUCGCUGGCUGGGCUUUAUCCAUGCCAUGUACCUGGCUGGCUGCCUUGUUGCGCCGUUUGUCGCAACUGGUGUUGCCUCGUCGAGCUCAUCUCAUUGGCACUUCUUCUAUGCUACGCCAUUGGGGCUAGGUGUGCUAAAUUUACUUCUGGUCUGGGUUGCAUUCCGUGAGUGGUCUACUAUAAAGAAAAGAAGCCAGAGCGAAGGAGUUACACCCUCGAGACAGCACAAUGCCCUGGUGGAAAUGCAGAAGACCCUUGGCAGCGCGGGUGUCUGGCUUAUCAGUCUCUUUUUCUUUUUCUUCCUUGGUGCUGUGAUUACUGCUGGAGGAUGGAUUGUCGAGUACCUAGUCGAGGUUCGCAAUGGAGAUCUUGAUAAAAUGGGAUAUGUUCCUGCUGGUUUCUAUGGUGGAGGGUUUCUCGGACGACUCUUGCUGGCGGAGCCAACACAUCGCUUUGGCGAGCGGCGGAUGAUUUUCGUGUAUAUUAUUCUCUGUCUGGCACUUGAGUUGGUUUUCUGGCUUGUUCCACAUAUCAUUACCGAAGCAGUCGCAAUUAGUCUACUCGGCUUCUUCUCGGGACCUUUUUUUGCCACGGGUAUAUCUGUGGCUUCCAAGGCCUUCGCCGCCGAAAUUCGUUCUUCUGCCCUCGCAAUCAUAUUCCUCCUUGGCCAGAUCGGUGGAGCUGUCUUCCCAGCCAUUACGGGCGUCAUCGCCUCUGAAGCCGGAGUCAAAGUUCUGCAGCCAAUGCUUGUGGGUCUACUCGGAGCUACGGGAGUGUCCUGGUUGAUUAUUCCCAAGCCGCGUUUGCACCAUGACUAG